AUGAGUGAAAUCGCCUGGUAUAGGCUUCGAAACCUAUAUCGCAGUAUCCUCCGGAAACAUCAACAGUGUCUGCCGUUGGAACUCCGCGUCCUCGGUGACCAGUACGUAGCAGAAGAGUUUCGACGAAUGCGCGAAUUCUUGUUGCGUUCCCAGUCUCAAACUGCUAGUAGGCAGCUCUCCGAGUUCCUAGAGCAGUGGCAAAUGUACCUUGAGAGCGUCGGCCCCGAAGGACUGACCACUGUGGACGUGGAACCGGCUCUGUGGCAGCAGCUCAGCCCGGAGCAGCGACUGCAGCUGGAGCGACUCCGCGCAACAGCAACAACGCGCGGAGAAGGCAAGGCGCCUGCAAGUGUGUUUGGGCGGGCAGGGCCCCCGACGAGAUCGAGCUCCGAAUAA